UUGGACUUGUUCUGAGCGUGGGGGCAGAUUAUGACCCCAACUGGGAUUCCUUGGACUCUCGCCCCUUGCCCCAGUGGUACGACGAUGCCAAGGUGGGCAUCUUCAUCCACUGGGGAGUGUUUUCGGUCCCAUCGUUUGGAUCCGAAUGGUUCUGGGAAUACUGGCAAGGACAAAAACUACCACAGUUCGUGAGCUUCAUGGAGCAGAACUACCGCCCAGGCUUCACUUACGCCGAUUUCGCCGCUCAGUUCACGGCCGAAUUUUACGAUCCGGACCAGUGGGCGGACAUAUUCAAAGCGGCUGGAGCCCGGUACAUCGUCCUGACCACCAAACAUCACGAGGGAUUCACCAAUUGGCCUUCCAACCACUCCUGGAACUGGAACAGCAUGGAUCUGGGACCCAAGAGAGAUUUGGUCGGUGAUUUGGCCGCUGCCAUAAGAUCCAAGGCCCCGGACGUUCAUUUCGGAUUAUACCACUCUCUGUUCGAGUGGUUCAACCCUAUCUACAACCAGGACAAAGAUAAUAACUUCAAGACCAGCGACUUCGUGACCGGGAAAACUAUGCCAGAGCUCUAUGAACUGGUGAAUAACUACGAACCUGAAGUCAUCUGGUCUGACGGAGAUGCUGGACCUGAUUGGUACUGGAAUUCUACGGUGUUCCUGGCUUGGCUGUUCAACGAAUCGCCCGUCAAGGAGACGGUUGUCGUCAAUGACAGGUGGGGAGAUGGUAUAUCGUGCCAUCAUGGGUCCUACUACACAUGCGCAGAUCGGUAUAGCCCAGGUGUUUUACAGCCCCACAAAUGGGAGAACUGCUUCACGCUCGACAAGGCCUCCUGGGGCUACAGACGUAACGCGCCUGCGGGAGAUUACCUUACGAUCCAUGACGUCCUGACCCAGUUGGCAUCAACAGUCAGCUGUGGAGGUAACGUCUUGAUCAACGUCGGACCGACGCACGAUGGGAUGAUCCCCCCAAUCAUGGAGGAACGUCUCCGGCAGCUGGGCUCUUGGUUAGACGUCAACGGCGCUGGAAUCUACGGAUCCAGGCCCUGGAAAGUCCAGAAUGACACCGUAACUCACGGAAUUUGGUAUACGGCCAACCAUGACCUUACUUACGCCAUCGUGCUCCAGUGGCCCAAACACAACACCUUGACCUUAGGGUCAGUGAAGCCCUCUGACCAAACCACGAUCAAGAUGCUUGGUUUCGAUGGAGAACUUAAGUUCACACCUCUCACUCAAGGGAUGAAUGUGACUUUCCCUGACUUAUCCUCUGUCACCAGCGAGUGGGCAUGGGUACUGGAGAUGGCCGGGGUUACCCCAAGUUAAAAUGGCCCUUCAAGCCACGAGGAAAGGAGGAACGAAGAGAAGUCUAAGAGGACUGACUGCUUUUUAUUUUUCUCGUUUAUUUCGAAAAAUAUGUUUCGAUUAUUCAAGAGGUAAUGGUUAUGCGAAUGGUAUAGCACGUAAAGAUUAAUGCUGA